GUUUUCACAAUUUCACGCACCCACACCACACCAUGGGUCGCUCCACCUGAUCAACUCAGCUUACUUGCUCAUCACCUCUAAUCACCAGACGGUAUAGUGGAGUAUUAGGAGCGCCUUAUUCUUCGUUAUCAACAAUAAUGCGGUUACGCUGGCAUCACGUGGACUACUACGCGUUAGCCUCGAUGAAGCAACAAUUGAAGCAGGAUCGGCGUACUUUACCGUGUCCUAAGAUUGUUGAUGGCGAAGAAUUUGCUCUACACGAUGAAAUUCCUGUCGCAUUGUUUAAGCUUCUACUGAAUGACAACAAGAACCUCAAUCAUGGCGUCGAUUCCUCCGAGCUCCCCGCCAGCAUCCUUCCGAAAGCAGCAGCCGCUUCCAUUCUUUCGCAAUUUCUUCCUCAAAAGCAAGCCGUAUCGAAAAUGUCAAGCUUCAACUCGGUUGAAUCAAUCCUGGAAAGCGACGAAAGGAACGACAGCGAGCUCGGUACUCCUUCGAUUGUCGUUCUUGAAGAACCUCUGAUGCCGGACACUGAUUUUCAGAAACUCGGAGAGGAGAUUUUCCACGAAAUUGGCCGUGAAACCUUGCCACUGGAAAACGUCAGUCUUCCUCCUAAAUUGAACGUCAGACCUGUGAAGAGGGAU